AUGUUGCCAUACGCUGCGCUAGCAGUUGUUCUCUUGGCUACGUUCGCUCGCAUUUUUAUUUUUCCCAUUGUCAAAUACUUCCUCGACGCAAAGGGACUCCGAAAAUAUCCAAACUAUUCGUGGCUCUCCCCAUUCACCGAUUUUGCCCAUUGCUACCUGAGUUCGACGGGAUCUCGCUCUGUCAAUCUCUUCCUUGAACAUGAGCGCAGGAACGAGCCCGUUCUGAGAAUCGGUCCCAACGCUAUCGCUUUCAACCACCCAGAUGCCAUCAAAGACAUCUAUGGCCAUCGCACCAAGUGCACAAAGGACAGGAAGGAGAGUAUUCUCGCUGGUACACAUCGAAACCUGUUUGAUGUCGUGGACAAAGGUGAGCACGGCAGAAAGCGGAAGCUACUAUCUGCCGCGUUUGCUAUCAAGAACCUCGAGAAGUGGGAAUUCAAGGUGCACUACACGGCGAAGCGUCUUGUCAAAGCCUUUGACGAGCGCUGCACUUCACCCUUGAAAUCCGGCCAAAACCCACAGCCAGAAGAUCUCACAGUUGAUUUUAAUCACUGGAUUAAUCUAUGGACAAUCGAAGCGAUCAACUAUAUUGCUUUGUCCUCGAAGCUGACGUUUCUUGAUACUGGUACCGACGAGUGGACAGCGGAGAGACCUGAUGGUACACAGUACAAAGCUCGAUACCGUUUCGCGCAGAAUAACGCCGCCAUUGUCAAAUCAGUGUGGUGCUGGGAUUAUGAUCUCUGGCCCUGGACUUCUUGGCUCACAAAGGUCAUCCCAAGCAAGUGGAACCAACACUGGAAGAACAGCUCUGCCUGGGGAGACGUUUGCUACCACCAGGCCAGCGAGAGGCUUCGACGAUAUAAAGCCGGAGAAGAGCUGGAUGAUUUCUUCACAUGCCUCAUGGAGGACAAAGGUGGUGCGCCCAACUUCCUUGAAUGGGGAGAAAUUGUUGCUGAAACGUCCGCUAUCAUCGACGCUGGCGCGGAGACUACUGCCAUUGCUCUCACCAAUAUCCUUGAGCUUUUGAUCCGUCAUCCCAAACACUUAGCCACACUCAGAGAGGAGCUUGCAUCUGUUUUCGAUGACGACGAAGUUGUUGUUUCCUACGACAAGGUGAAAGAUCUCCCUUUCCUCAGGGCGUGUCUCGAUGAAGGACUCCGUAUCACCCCUCCCACUUCUUCUGGGCUUCCUCGAAGAACCCCUCCUGAAGGCACGUCUAUCAUGGGCCAGUGGAUCCCAGGUGAUACCAGUGUCUCCAUGACGAUAUAUGGAGCCCACCAUGAUGCUAGAAUCUACCCUGAGCCAAAUGUAUUCAAUCCUCAUCGGUGGAUGGAUGUUGAGGAGCGAAAGAGGAUGGAGCCGUACUUCAUGCCAUUCUCUGCAGGCUCCCGCGGUUGCAUUGGCCGAAACAUCUCAUACCUGGAACAGAUUGUCAUUCUCGCAACUGUUGUCCACCGGUAUGACUUUGCUCUUCCCAACGCAGCAUUCAAGGGUUGGAGGUUUGAGGCUUUCAAUCUUAUCUGUGGUCCUUUGCCCAUAAAGAUCUGGAUGAGAGACCAGGCCAGACCGGCUAUCAGCAGCGAGGCUGGUAGUCAGUGA